CGACUAGGCCGGUGUUAUUAUAUUAUGAUGUAGGCAAAGUUCGGGUUGCUCAUAAGCUGAUGGCAUCGCAGUGGAAUCUGUCCCGCCAGAUCCGCCCGUUAACCGUCUACUACAAAUUCUAACGCAGUGAUUUAAAACAACGGACGCGAUGAGAUCUAAACACGAAUUACCCAGUAAGUUCGACUAUAUGAAAGCUUACAGUUUCAAUCUGAUCCAGACAGAACGGACCAAUACCGAACUGGAACACGAGAGAAACGCUGGCAAGAUUGAUGGAGCUUUUUACAAGAUUUUCGCCUGGCAAAUCGCAGGGAUGCCAAACGAAAGACCGGCCGAAGCUACAAAAACAAUGCAACUUGAAAAUCAACAGAAAUCAAACGAUCACUCAAACAAAAGACUGCAGGAAGAAAGUGAAGUUCUCAAGAACAGCAAAAGUAAAGUGGAGGUGCAAACCCGCGUUGAUAACAGUGGAAGUUCAUCAAAAAGAUACGUUACAACAUGUUAUAUCAAGCCUAAAACAUUACCGGUGUGGUACACCGAAUCAUUAUUAAUUUUUAUUGGUUCAACUAAAAGGAAGUAUGAUGAAAAGAUUUAUUUUAAGAAUAAAACUCAACCAUACUAUUGGUCGGAAAAUAUGACGACGGAUGUUAAUUUCCCACCAACAAAAAGUUAUUUAUCAGAAGCAGUUUUGCCAACUGAAACAAAAUGCCACUAUAUCUCUUUAGAACCCCAACAAUUAGCUGCAACAACUCUUAGAUAAAUUGUGUUCCGGCAUUUUAUAUGUCAGUGAUAGAUGUCCCACCACAUUCCACAUGGACCAGCUAUUUUUUGUAUAUUCUAAUUCUUGCUUUACAACAAUAUACAUAAAAGCAUGCAAACAAUUAUUAUAUUUCACAUAAGACAAGUUAUAAAAUUAUAAUUAAAGACAAUACAUUGUCUAAAAAUUAGUUUAUAGGUAUAAUACAUAUGCCAGCAUAAAUUUUGUAAAAAUACAAAUUUUAUAGAUAAAAUUACAUUUAUUACA